GUGUACACUCAGAAAUGUCAAAUUUUAUUCGUUCAGUAAAACAAUAAAUAAAUGUUAUUCAAGAGUUAGAAGAAUAAAUAUUUUUGAGAGCAAUUUAUUAAAGAAAAUGUUAAAAAAUUUUCUUAGAAUAAAUGUGGUGAGGCCACUUAACCGCCAACGAGGACAAAUUGGACAUUUCGGUGCUCGGUUGAAGACAACAAAUGAAUUUUCAGGAGACCUGAGUAGCUCUCAAACAAAUCAGGUACCGGUGAAGACACAUUCAAAUCCAUUUGCACGUGAAAUAUCGAAAAAUAAGGAAAGUGUACUGGAUAAUGUUGGAUCUAUAAAUUCUAAUAUUGAACUUACUGAAGAUGAAAAGAAAAAACGGUUAAAGGUUUUGCAACUAGAAGUUGACAUCGCAAAUCAGGAAGGACGACGUGUCCCGUCUUUAGAAUUCUUUAAGGAUCAUCACUGGGAGCACGUUUUAACAUUAUCAUCAAAAUCUGCUCGUAUGAAGUAUUAUAGUUUUCUGUGGCAAGUUGAAAUGAAAAAGGAAUCUAAACAGCGCAAAAAAGAGGAGAGAGCAUUGGCAUCACAAGAAAGAAUGGAGAAAGUACGCCAAGAGAGAGCAGAAAAUCCUCACAUUGUUUAUGGCUUAGGUCAUGUUUCAAUGUUUUUAAGAGUUUACGAUUCGACCAUUAAUAAUUGGAUGAAUCACAGACUUAUAAGGGCUAUGCAGUUUUCUCCAAAAAUCGUAUUAGACUGCUCAUAUGAUGACCAUAUGACUAAAAGAGAAGCAGAAAAUGCUGCGAAACAGUUAAUGCUUUGUUUUGCUGAGAAUCGAGCCCACGAUGAUCCUUUCGACUUGCACUAUUGUAAUGUUAACCUGGACACACCAUGUAUGAAGAGUUUACAACGUUAUAUACCAACAAUGUUAAAUCCAGAAUUUCCAAUGAACGUUCACGAGAAAUGUUUUACAGAAAUAUUCCCUAAAGAGAAUUUGGUCUAUUUGACACCACAUUGCCGCACUGAUCUGGUUGAAUAUAAUCCUGAUGAUGUUUAUAUUGUAGGCGCUAUGGUGGAUACUAUAAACAAUGAGCCAUUGUCUUUGGCAAAGGCCAAGAGACUGGGUCUACGGAUGGCACGUUUACCUCUUGAUCAUUACUUGCAGUGGGGUGCUGGUUCCGGGAAAUCUCUUACCCUAAAUCAAAUGGUUAAUAUUAUGUUGGAUCUUAAACAUACUAGUGAUUGGAUGACAGCACUACGUCAUGUUCCGCGUCGAAAGGUAAUCGACUUGAAAAAAGAUGCAGAGAAUUUUAGAAACAAAUUAAAUAAACAUGCAAAUCGUGUGAACGUUCGUAUUGAUCGAUUGUUACGAAAUGAAGACGACAGUUUAGAAUAUAACCACAAUAAUAAAAUACGUUCCCAUAAGAAUGACUUACAGUUUAAUUUAUCUACAUGGGGUUCUAAAAAGAAAGAAAGGCAAUGAUCUUGCUACACUAGUUUUUUUAUUAUGUAAAAAAUAUUUGUUGUAUAUUUGCGUAAAUGUAUAUUUAAGUUUUACUGUAUACUUGCUGAUUAAAUGCUCGAUCGAGUGUUUAAGUUGAAAAUAAAAUGUUUCUAAAAAUAA